AUGGCGCUGCGUCGUCUCGUGCUCGUGUUCCCUGGCCAGGGCAGCCAGCGUGUGGGUAUGGGCAAAGAUCUGCUUGCGGACUGGCCGCGUAUUGUCGGCGACGUGCUGGAAGAAGCCAGCGAGGCGACAGGGCUCAGUCUACGGCGUCGGAUGACGGAAGGGCCGGCGGAUGAGCUCACGCCCACGCACGUGGCUCAGCCGGCGCUGCUGUCGAUGUCAGUGGCAGUACUGCGUGUUCUACAGCAUGAGACGGAGCUACCGCCUGUGCAUUUCGUUCUGGGUCAUUCAUUAGGUGAAUACUCGGCGUUGGUGGCGGCAGAAGCCAUCGAGUUCGCGGAUGCGGCGCGUCUCGUGCAUCUGCGUGGUUUGGCCAUGCAGCGAGCUGUAGCUCCUGGUGUAGGCGCCAUGGCGGCUCUAAUGCCCGUACGCCCCGAAGACGCCGAGUUACUGUGUCAAGAGGCUGCAAGCAGCAUGGGGAAGGUGUGUCAAGUGGCCAACUACAACUCCAACAAGCAGACGGUCAUCAGUGGCGACGCACAGGCUGUGGACGCUGCUAUUGCUCAAGCUAAAGCCUCCAAGAAGGCACGACGCGCUGUGCUACUGGAUGUGAGUGCUCCGUUCCACUGCGAAAUGAUGGAACCGGCGAAGCUGGAGCUGCACGAGCAUCUACAGCUGCUACUACGUGAUAAUAAGCUCCACAAGCCGAAGGUUCCUGUGGUGUGGAACGUUGAAGCGGAGGCGACGACCAAGACGCCCCAACAGAUCGCUCAGGUGCUGGAGAAGCAGGUUGUGCACGCCGUUCGCUGGAGUGACAGCGUCGACUACUGCGUGGCUAACGGGGUGGGCCAUUUCCUGGAGUUGGGCGCCGGUGGUGUGUUGAGUGGCCUCAUCCGACAGCAAACCGGUAAUAGCGACGUGUUGACCACGAGCUGUGGGUCAACGGACGAGAUCAAGAUGUUCCUGGAGCAGCAGCAUUAA